CACCAAAAGAACAAGGUCGAUAUCUCGAGCCUGACCGAGGAGGAAAAGAAGCUCUUCAAACUCUACGGCAAACUCCCUGCCCGCAAAGACAUCCUCGCCUCAAAACUGAACGAAAGAAAGUACUUCGACUCCGGCGACUAUGCCCUCUCCAAAGCCGGAAAAGCUUCCGACGCGGGCGUAACGAACGUCGGGUACGAACAUCCCUCCCCCGAAUCUAUCCCACAUCAUGUCGGCACGCCGCAGAGUCCGGUUAUGAGUCCGGCG